AUGCCUCCAAUGCGGAUCAAUCAUCUGCUUGCCCUCAUACUGGGGUUCGGGGUUGCAUGCACUUUAGCCGGCACCGCGCCAGCAAUCACUGCGUCCCUGAGCUUGGAGGACCUUGAUGAGAAGCUCCAGCAAUGUGACAUUGUCAAGGAAAUGAGCGCCGAAAAGGCUGCUCAUUUCGCCCAGACUUCCACGUCGUCUAUGUCUGCGCUGCUGGACAUGCUGUUUCCCGGAGGCCCCGCCGUCAAUGCCAUCCUCGCAACCUUCUAUAUCUCCGGUCCUCCGACUUUCCUACUCGCAUUAUGCCCGAAGAACAUUGACCCCUCGUCACUCUCAACCAUGGUCGCCUUUGCCGUCGGCGGCCUCAUGGGCGACACCCUCUUCCAUCUCCUCCCCGAGAUCUUUCUGGGCGAGGACGAGCCCGAGCACGCCCGCUUUGUCCUCGUCGAGCCGAACCGUAACCUCCUCCUGGGCGUCGGUAUCCUCGUGGGCUUCAUGGCGUUUGUAGCCAUGGACAAGGGGCUCCGUAUAGCCACCGGCGGGGCGGGCGGUCACGAUCACAGCCACGGCCAUUCGCACGGAGCACACAAGCACGACGCAACCCCCGAGGUCGUCUCUGUUACAUCUGUGGACGCGGGCAAGGGUGCGAGGUCGCGAAAGGGCGCCGGUGCCGACGCGGCUGCCGCCAAUGGCUCCAAGGAGGUUGCAACCGUCAAGGAGCCCGUGCAGCAGGUCAACUCGAGCGGCUUGCUAAAUCUGAUUGCCGACUUCACACAUAAUAUUACCGACGGGCUAGCCAUGUCCGCAUCCUUUUACGCAUCUCCAACCAUUGGCGCGACUACAGCAUUAGCAGUUGCUCUCCACGAGUGUCCCCACCAAGUUGGAGACUUUGCUCUUCUCAUUCAGUCGGGCUUUAGCAAAUGGUCGGCCAUUGGUCUCCAGUUUGUGACGGCCCUGGGCGCCCUACUUGGAACCCUGAUCGGCAUCGCGGUCCAGGAGUUCGGUGGGAGUGGCGGAGAGCCUGUCCUCAUGGGGGCCGGCCUCUGGGGCACGAGCUUGACGUGGGGUGACAUGUUGCUGCCCUUCACUGCCGGCACCUUCCUUUAUGUCGGUACUGUGGCCGCCGUUCCUGAACUGUUGGAGACGGAGGCUGGCGACAAGGUGAGGGAGGUGAAGAAGACUUUUGUUCAGUUUGUUGCCGUGGCGCUCGGCGCCGGCAUUAUGCUCUACAUUUCCUGGCACUAG